UUGUCAAAGUGAACUGACAAUGUUAUCAUUGAUUCAAUACGAAAAUGUGUGAGAAAUAAAUUCGUAACGAAUACUUGUUUUUUUAUUAUUAUUUUGUUUAUGUUUCUUGUUGUUGUCUUGAGAAUAUAUUUUAUUAAACAGUGCUUUAAGUUACUAUGAAUGAACAAACUUCACGGAAACUAUGGGUGAUAAAAUUUUGUUUAAAAGUUGUCUAUCCAAAGUACAACUACUACUAUUUCCUGGUUUACCUUGCGAUAAGGUAUAGAAUUUGGAACCAAAAGCGGAAUCCUAAUCGUGAAGAUAUGGAUGCAUUCGAAAUUAAGACACUUCCUCCUCAUAUAAUGAAAACAUUUUUAAAAGAAAGAUUAGAAGACAAUUUACCUGUUCUUAUAAAUAAAUGCAUUGUUAUAUCUAAAGAACAAUUUAUCCAGCUUGGCAGCGAAAACUUAUUUUAUCUGGACAAUGGAGUACUUUGGGUUGGUUUGAAACUAACUGCAUCUGAGAGAAGAAAGCACAAAGCAAAUGUCAAUGAAAACAAAGAAAUCAAAUUUAAUCUCCACUUUAUGACAUCAGAACUGCACAAAAAGCUAUGGACUGGAUCAGAUAAAAGUGAUAUAGAUAAUUUAAGAAUAGUACCAAUAGUAGGAUCUAGGCACGUCUCUGAAAAUGUAGCAUUUACUAAUGAAAUUGAAGUUUUUAAUAUUAAUUCUUGCUUUGGAUUGAAUGCAGCAAAAGACAUAUCUGUGACAUUCCAUCCUGUGCCAUGUUUGGACAGCGCACCCAAGAUAGCAGCUGUGGCAGAAGUAAGCCUCAUAGUGAAUGAUUAUGACUUAGCAAAUGAUUUUAUAAAAGAGGUUUUAAGCAAUCACUUUGAAGUACCCAAGUUAGUGAGUACAAAUGACAUUAUCUGCAUAGACCUCACUCCUGACAUGACAGCUAAGUAUCAUUAUAAGUACUUAGACUUGGUCAACUCAACAGGCAGACUAUAUUUCAAGUGUAAAAAGUUAAGCAGUGAUGCUGAAGUGACAAAUGAAUCCAAGGACAAAGUAGUACAUGCAUUUUUUAUUGUAAAAGGUGUCACACAGUUGACAUUAGGAGAAAAUAUACACAGUUUAAAGCCAAAGGAUGAAUAUUUCAAACCACCACUGUACAAAAACUCUAAUGUUAUAUCUCAGCUAUGUCCAACUGGGUUGAAAGAAAAAUUUAAUCAGAUUCAAGAAACUAUCUAUCCAUUCUUGACUGGUGAAUUAGAUGAUUUGUUGUCAUCAAUGUCAAGUCCUAUAAUACCUAUGUUACUUCUUACUGGGGCAACAGGAUCAGGCAGAUAUCUUCUUGUCAAAAUACUGGCAAAAUACAAUGGAAUGAACUGCCUGGCAAUAGACUGCAAUGCGCUUCAGAGUUCAACUGCCAAACAAACAGAAAGCAAGAUCAACUCCACUGUGCAGAAGGCAAAGGCAGCUGCUCCUGUUAUUGUGGUGUUGGAUAACUUUGAGGUGUUUGCAGUUGAUCCAGAAAACAAUGAAGACUGCAGAGUCUUAGAAUACUUUAUGAAUACUAUCACAGAUUUAUACCAGAACUACACAAAGCAUCCCAUUGUAUUCAUAGCUAUAACAGAGAGACAAGACUUGAAGCCAAAUGUGUUGAGAUUGUUCCUAGAAAAGUUUCACAUACCAAGACUUAAUGCUCAACAGAGGUAUGAAAUGUUAGAGUGGUUGGCGACAGUCAUGCAGCUCAACAUAGAUGGAGAAGAAAUUGUGCCGACAAAGAACUUUUACCCACACGAAGACCUGGUCAGCCUAAGUAAAUCUUCAAAAGACGUCUUACAAAGAGUAGCAGCGAAAACGGAGACCUUUCUGUACGGUGAUAUAGACACGCUUCUCCAUUUUGCGAUAAGAGAAUCUUAUCUGAAACAGCGUAAUGGUUAUAAUCAAUUGCCUCCUGAUCCAAACUUGCAUUUAGUUCAAGAAGAAGACUUUAAUUCUGCACUAGAAUCUAUCAGAGGACUACAAAGUCAACAUUUAGAUGCUCCAAAAAUUCCAAAAGUCUACUGGAAAGAUAUUGGCGGCUUGGAUACACUGAAAAAAGAACUGUUAAAGACCAUAGAGUUUCCCAUCAAAUACCCACAUUUAUUCAAAAAUUCAAGUCUGAAAAGAUCAGGUAUUCUACUCUAUGGCCCACCAGGUUGUGGCAAAACGCUUGUAGCAAAAGCAGUCAGCACUGAGCUUAAUGUGAGCUUCUUAAGUGUAAAAGGACCAGAACUACUUAAUAUGUAUAUUGGACAGUCAGAAGAAAAUGUUAGGAAAGUUUUUGAGUCAGCGCGCGCGUCGUCGCCGUGCAUCGUGUUCCUGGACGAGCUGGACGCGCUGGCCCCGCGCCGAGGUGCCGCCGGUGACUCGGGCGGCGCCAGCGACCGCGUCGUCAGCCAACUGCUCGCAGAACUAGAUGGCGUUGCUAGCGGGGAAGAUGCAGAUACAACGAGUUUUGUAUUCAUAAUGGGUGCUACGAAUCGUCCGGACUUACUAGAGCAGUCACUGCUGCGACCGGGCCGCCUGGACAAGCUCAUAUAUGUGGGCCCCUACUGCGGGCUCGAAGAGAAGACUUGCGUACUUAAAGCACUGUGUAGAAAUAACAAGGUACGUGAGGAGGUGGACCUGAGCGCCGUGGCGGCGGCCCUGCCCGACAGCUGCACGGGCGCCGACCUGCUGCAGGUGGUCAGUACCGCGCGCGCCGCCGCCGUGCGCGCUCUCGUGGCCAAGCUGCACGCUGGUGCAGUAAAAGAGAGUGAAUUAAGCCCAGACUCUGUUAUUAUAGGCGCUACUGAAUUACUACACGCAGUAGAAUCAUUUCGACCGUCUGUUACACCGGAAGAGUUGGCGUACUACGAAUCACUGAAGACACAAAUGUAGUUGUAUUAAUCUAGUCUUUCACUAAAUAAAUUAUUGAUGUUAUAUGUAAAUAAUUGUUAUUAAAAAUAGGCAUUAAAUGGACUGAGGUAAACAGGAGCUGGUUCUCUUUUUCAAUAAAGGCUUAAUCAAAUUUA